CAGCUGGCCGCCGGCUCCUGCACCUGCUCCGCCACCUGCCGCUGCACUUGGCUUGCGGGCGCUGGCCGCGGACGCUUCUGAGGAGCUGAGCUCAGGUGUCCUAGAACACUGAUGGCAAACUUCAAGGGCCAUGCUCUCCCGGGGAGCUUCUUCUUGAUAGUUGGACUGUGGUGGUCAGUGAAGUACCCACUGAAGUACUUUCACCAGAAGGGGAAGAACAGCAGGCUCAACCAUUAUUACCAGCGUCUAGAGGUCAUCGAGGCUGCAGUCAGGAUUCUGUUUUCAGUCAUUGGGAUCCUGGCAGAGCAGUUUGUUCCUGAUGGGCCCCACCUACACCUCUACCAUGAAAACCACUGGAUGAAGCUAAUGAACUGGCAGCACUGCACCAUGUACCUAUUCUUUGCAGUCUCAGGAAUCACUGACAUGCUCACCUACCUUGCCUCCCAUGUCCCCUUGGGGGUAGACAGAUUGGUUUUGGCUAUGGCAGUAUUCACUGAAGGUUUUCUCUUCUACUACCAUGUUCAUAACCGAUCUCCACUGGACCAGCAUAUCCACUCACUCCUGCUGUAUGCUUUGUUUGGAGGCAGUAUCAGUAUCUCCCUGGAGGUGAUCUUUCGGGACAACAUUGUGCUGGAACUUUUCCGAACCAGUGUGGUUAUUCUUCAGGGAACUUGGUUCUGGCAGAUUGGGUUUGUGCUGUUCCCACCUUUUGGGACACCUGCAUGGGACCAGAAUGAUGAGGCCAACAUCAUGUUCAUCACCAUGUGCUUCUGCUGGCACUACUUGGUUGCCCUUUGCAUUGUGGCCAUCAACUAUUCUCUUGUUUACUGCCUUCUGACACGGAUAAAGAAACAUGGAGGAGAAAUUAUUGGGAUUCAGACACUGAAGUCCAAUCACACUUACCAGACUGCACUUUUAAGUGGCUCAGAUGAAGAACGAGAUUAGGCCAUGGACUUUAGGAGACCUCCUAUCCCUUUGAGCCCCCAAGGAGUGAAUAUAGCUUAUUCCCUCAUUUUGAGGCUUACCUUGGUCUGCUCCUAAGGCUCCAUACAUUUGUACCUCCUCAUUUAAUACAAGGCUGGAGGCUUCAGUACAGGAAAUUAGGCCUCUGAUGUUUUGUAUAUUUUGCUGUUUGGAUUCUUAAACAUAAGGUAACUUAGUCUGUGUUAGUGUAAUAUCCUUCAUAAAGAGAAAUGAGGUAAUACCUGUAAGUAACAAGCCUGUGCAUCUGUAUAGAGAAAUCAAAGACUGAACACCUAAAACAGGAAAUGACCUUGUGAAUAAAAUAAUGAGAGUCCAGCAAGA